UAAUGCAUUACACUUAUACUUCACACUGAUACAGUUCGGAGUUUUUCGUUUAUUUGAAGUUAAUUUUCUUUAAUUAAUUUGUUUUUGUUUGUUUUGAUUCCUGAAGGAUUUUAUCCUUCGCCUAUUUGUUUUUUCAACCAUUUCCUUCGCUAAUUGAUACCAUAAAGAUGACGCUGUUAAAGCGAAAGCGAAACAAGAGGAAGGUGCCGUCCAAGACAUCCCUCAGCUCCAACACAUACUUGGCUGAACGCUUCAAGGACACGGUGGAACCAGCUCAGCUCGAUUUGUUGGUGGAUCUCGACGAAGAGUUCUUCCAGAACUCCUACCUUUUGGUGCAGAGCCUCAGCAGCCGUGACUCCUUUGCGGCUGGCAAAAUCAAGCGGUACGUGGAUAUCCUCAUUAGACUCCACGCCCGAUAUGUCGCCGAGGUGGAAGAGGCCAACACGCUCCGCCUGAAGGUGAGCACAGCGGACGAGAAGCUGGAGCUAGCCCUGCGCGCCACGUCCACCUCGGAGGCAAUGAUGGAAAAGAUGCGAGAGUCCCUGGAGGAGGCCUGGCGAAACGAGGAUGCAAAAAAUCGCGAGGAGAUCAUCCAAAUUCAGCUGCAGUCCUUUGUGCGCGCUAAUCAGUCGGAGUUGCCGAACACAGAGAGCGAAGAGCUCCAAGGCAAGGAAGGUCAUAUCCGCAGCCUGGUCUUUCGUGAUCGCGAUCGCCUGGCCGGGGAGCUGAAAGACUACCAGAAGCGCCUGUCGACCCACCGCAUCUACUCCGAGCAACUCGAGGAUAUGCUGAAGGUGGCACAGGACACCAUCUCCAAUCAACAAGUGCGGUUGAAGAAGGCCGAAUCAGCUUACUGUAAGCUGGAGCGCAAGACUGCCCUGGCACUGGAAAAAGCCCAAGGGCGCGAGAUGCAACUGGGCAAGGGGAUCGCGGCGUUGCAGCAGAAGAUCCUCGCCUUACAGCACGUGCAGAUGGACUUGGCGGAUAUGACGGUCGACCACGAAGCACUGAAGCAGAGAAAUGAACGCCUUUCUCAUAAUAACUACAAUCUCUCGAAAACUCUCCACACGCAGGAAGAAAAGAAGAACCAGCUGCACCUGAGCCUCAAGAGGGCCGAGGAAAUGAACAACGCCCAGCGGCGGAAAAAUGACGACCUCGAGUCAGCCCUCCGUCACGCCGAUCAGAAUGCCAGGAAGAAGGCGGAAGAGACCGUCAACCUGGAGCGGCGGUUCCGUCAGGUGGCCAAAAAAAACGCUGAUCUGAACGACCAGGCAUUGAUCGAUUGCAACGAGAUCAAGUUACUAAAUAAGAAGAUUUCGCUGCUCUCUGCUAACCUGGACGAAGUUACCAUCCAAAAGGACGAAAUGGCCCGUACGCGGGACAAGCUGAGGGUAGAGAUAACCCGACUCAAUGACACAGUGGCAUUCGUCCGGCACGAGAUCUACGGUGUACGCAACCAGAAAGACGCCGUCCAGAUCGAACUGGCACAAGCCCGCAAGCUGCUGGACGCGAAGAGUCUGGAGGUUCAGAAGAUAGCACGCGAAAGGCAAGAGCUUUUCGUGGAGCUGAAUGAUGCCGAAAAGAAGAUCGGCGGGCUCGAGGAAGGGCUGGUCGACAAGACAGAGCGUCUUGAGGCCACCCAAAUGCUGCUGCAGCAGAAGCAACAGGACUUCUUCAACAUCAAGAAGCAAAUGGAAAUCAUUCACUCCGAUAAGGUGAUGCUGGUGAAGUCGCUAGAAAUGUGCUCCCGCGAUCGCGCCAUCAUGCAAACCACGAUGGCGGAGCUCACGCACCAGAUCAACCAGCAGAGCGCCGAGCUUUCGGCCAACGAGAAGGAUAUGAAGUCGCUAAGGAACCAGAUUGAGCUGCUGGGCCGGGCGGUGCGCCAGAAGCAGAAUGAGGUCCAUGCCAAGGAUGUUCUGCUGGCCAGCACUCGCAGCGAUCUCCGGGAGAUGAAAAUCAGGGUGGAGCAAAGCCAGCACACCAUUGACACCGAUGACAAGCGGUUCAGGGGCAUGUCAUGUGCCCUGGACGAGGUUAAAAAGGAGAAGACCCUGGUGGGCUUGCAAAUAGUCAAGAGGAACGACGAGUUGCGGCUGUUAAGGGAGAAGCUGGCUAUCAUGCAGAUUGCCAUCGAUCGUGGCACCAGGCAAUACAAUCAGCGACUGGAGGACAUCCGACUGCUCAAGCUGGAGGUGUCCAACCUGCGGAUGUCGCACAUGUGCAUGCAGAAGGAGGUAGGCAAUAGGGCAGAGCUUCGCCAGGAUGUGAUACGACUCGAGCGGCAGCUCAACCAGGAGAGGCUGAGGGUGUCAGCCUACUCGGAAGAGCUGUCCCGCCCCUGUCGCAUCCACCGCUGGCGUGUGCUGUUCGGCAAAGACCCUCGGCGCUUCGACCUUAUAUGCAAAGUGCAGUCCCUUCUCAAGGUUAACCUACGCCUGUCCGUACAGCGUGACACCUUGGUCAAGGACCUUGCGGAGGCCCAAAGGCUCCGCAAUGACUACAAGCGCCAAUUGGAACGGAAGGCCUAUCCCCAGUACCACGAAAAGCUCUUCCUCCAGGAAAGCAUCAAUCGUCGCCAGAAGCGCCGUCUCAAAGCCAUGACUGCUGAACUCCGGAUCAACGAGAUCGACCUGAAGACGCGCGACCGCCUAAUUGUGAGCUUUCAGGAGCAACUGCGUCUGCAACAUCAGGAUACUCAUUCUGCGCCAGUUCAAAAGGUCCAGCCGAACGGUGACAGGUUUUUGGACAAGCUGUUUUUAUCCUCAUCCAGCUCAGUGCCAGUGGACCUCGUAUGUUUCCACUGACGAAGUGUCCCAAUAUGUAUUUAGAUUACCUGUGAAGCACUGUAAGGUGUCAUUUUUCAACGAAGGCAUUAAAGCAUUACUUUUAUAACA